AUGAUUUUAUAGGCUAUAAUUUUAUUCUAUGCAUUAGAAAGAAUUAUGAGUUAAGCUUUGGAUUAAAAUAUCUCUGGGGUAUAUUCACCAUAAUAAUCAAAUAUUUUAAGCAGCUCAUAUGAUAACUUGUGGUCUCCCCUUUAGAUCAGAGUAGCAACAGAUUUAGAUUUAGUAUAUGUUUCUUGCGGGUUCAGAGGAAUUAAUAUAAUUAACAAAGAAGGAAGUCAGAUACUCUUUUCAUAAAACAUCAAUAGUGAGUAUGUUUAAUCAUUUGAAUCUACUUCGGAUGGAUAGUAUAUUUUUAUAGUAAUAUCAUAAUUUUUAGCUGUAUACCAUUUGUAAUUUAAUAAUUUAUCUUAAUCCCAUUUAGUAAUGUAGAACUUUUAUUUGGUAUAAAAUAUAACUUUUCAGACAGACGUUUUAAACACUAAUUAUAAUUAACAAAGUGAAUUGCUUGCAGUAGCUGUAUAAACAGGAAAUGUUUUCCUCUAUAACACUACAUUUAAGAACCAAUUUCAAUUAUUAUCAAAAUUUAGCACAGGCUCCAAUUUGAUAAAUAGCUUAUUUAUUUCACAAGAUGGAAAUUGGCUUUAUAUAGCAAGUGAUGUUAAGGGUUUGUUUAUGAUGAGUAUAAAAAAAUAAUAAUUAUUUGAAAAUAAUAAUAAAUAAGAUACUUCAGAAAAAUUGAUUGUUGCUGCUCAUGGAAAUUUUGGAUUAAGGGCAUACUAAGUUAUUGGAUCUAAAGAUAAUCUCUAUAUUUAUGCUUUUGAUUUCUGGUAUGGAUUUUUUUUUGCAAAUGCAGAAGAAGUAAUUAAAAGUUAGGAAACAUAAUUCCCAAUUUAAUUAUCUUUUAUUUCCUACUGGCCUUUUUAAGAAAUAUAAAAAACUUGCUAAACUAUUCUUAUUAAUCAAGAUGAAAGUCUACUUUUUAUUGGAGUGAGAUAGUAUGGUAUUGUAAUAUUAGAUAUUAGAAAUAGAACAUAAAUUUAAGUUUUUGAAUUUAUAAGGCUAGACUCUCUGAUUUAUUCAAUAGCACUUUCAAAUUAAGAAGAUUUUUUAUACGUAACAACAUCAGAUAUUAUAUUAACCUAUACUUAAGAUAAACCUAACUUAAAUUAAGAUCUCCCUAAUUUAUUUAACACUCACUAAAUAAAAUAUCAAGACUUUCUUAAUUAGGUAUACAAAUGGAGAUGUUAUGUUGAUAUUACUGAUUAAUACCUAAUCGGUUCAUUUGACUCAGCUGGCUUGUAUAUUUUUCCUUUUUAUAAUGAUCCUUACAAAUUUGAUGUCAACAAUUAUGUAUUCUAUGACAUUUAUGUUGAUAGUUUAUAUCUAGAUAAGGGAAAUAAGUAUUUUGUUAUUCCAAGAUAUUUUUCAGAAUAGAAUAUUGGAAUUUAUUAAUAUGCACCUCUAGAUGAUAGCGCUGAUUAGUAAAAUAUUUCUUUUACCAAUAUGAAACUAAUAAAAGACUAUAGCGCUAAUGAGCUUGAAUUAUCAGAAAUGAUAGUUUUUAGUUUAGAUGCUAAGUAUGCUGUGUAAACAUAUGGUGUCGGUUUAAUAAUUUAUGACUCAAUCGACAUCCUCAAUAUAAAAAUUCUAUCAAGAUGGAAUAAUUUAGAUUUUAUGAUUGGAUAAAAUUAAGGUGCUUGUUUCACAAAAGAUAAUAAAUGGAUAUACAGUACAAUUAGGUUUUUUGGAGUAUAUCUUUUAAACGUUGAAGAUAAAACUAAUCCUAUUCUUACUGACUAUGUUAGAACAAAUGGUGGUGAAAAUGUUAAAAUAUUUUCAUCAUCAAAUUUUAUUUACUUACUUGAUGGCAAAAGAGGAUUUGCAAUAAUUGAUGCUAAUUAUGCUCCUAAAUUGUAAAUAGUUUCCAGAGUAGAAUUAGGUGGAUACACAGUAGAUAUUUUAUUGCUAAAAGAGGAAAAAUAUGCUUUAAUAACUGAUAAUUCAAAUGGAUUUCUAAAACUCAUAGAUAUAAGAGAUAAAAAUUUUCCUUAAAUAGCUUAUACUAUCAGCUUUGGUAAUUAAUAAAGCAUGGCUUAAUGUUUUACCCAAACAGCUUAGCAUCUAUUUGUAUCAACUAAUGGAGGAAUGCUUGUACUUCCUACAUCUAGUUAAGUGUAAAUACAUACAUAAGUAAAUUUAAUUCGCUUAAAUAAUGAAACUGGAUAAAAAGAAAUUAUAAAAUUUGAAAAAAUAACUUAAGAAUCCAAUUAGCAUGAUUUUAAUCUUAAUCAAGAGUACUUAUUUUCUGUUGGCCAAAAUAUUUAGUUUGAUUUUGUUAUUCUAUUUCCUUUAGAUGAAAAUAUGUAAAUUACACAUAUUUUUUAUUAUCUUAAUGGAUAAAGUCAAUAAAUCCCAAGUUUCUUUGAAUUUAAUUAAUUUUAAUAAUCUGUUAUAUUUAAUGUUGAUAAGAGCUUAAUUAAUUUCAAUUCAGCUAAACCCAACUUAAAUAUUUUGCUUAUAAAAACAGUAAUUCCCUUAAAUUAAAAUUCUUUUUUAUUUAAACCUGAAGAGCUAGAUGGUAAUUAUGCAACUAAUACUACUUAAUCUUAAUUGAUUUACCAAUAUCUUUGUGAUAAAAACAUAAUAAUCAAUAGCAUUCUUAAUGAUUUAUUCGAUUUUUCCAUACCAUUAAAUUUAGAGUCUAAAUUUUAGACUAAAUUACUUGAUCCAUCAAUAAUGGUUUCACCUGUACAUUGCGGACAUUGCGGAUGCGGACAUUUUUUUUGGCCGCAAAAUGUCCGCAAUGUACAGAGUAGUGAUGGAAAAUUAAUCUUCAAAUCAAAUUCUAGUCUAGCUUUUUAAUUAUCUGAAAAGUAAGAUUAAUUAACAAUAUCUGGAAAUUUAGAGAUCAUCAAUAAGGUGUUGCAUAAUAAAAUAAUAUUCGCUAAUAAUACAUAAAUCACUGCAUAAAUAUCUCCAAAUAUAACAUUAAAUAUUCAAGACAAUCUAAAUUAUCCUCUUAUUGAAUAGCUAAGCAUUUAUGAGAGUUAAUUUAUUAUUAUUAAGGAAUAAUUGUAAUUUAACAGUGAAAAUAAACUACAAAAUUAGUUUGACAAUUAAUUUUAAGGAGGUAUUAUUGAUAUUGAAUCUGAAAUAACCUUCUCAUUUUAAAAAGGUACAUUUACAGUCUCUGACGUUUAAGAUAUAACUUAUUAAUUUCUUUAUCUUUAAUCCUCAAAUCAAUAUAUUUAAAUUCCAUCAAAUUUUUGGUUAGUAUAAAUAAAUAAUAACUAAUUAUUAUUUAAAGGCUCAACAACAUAGAGUAUGUAUUAAAAAUCUUACACAUUUAAAAUAGUUGCCUCUGAUGGAUAUACUUCAGCUGAGGAUACUUUUACUAUAAAAGAUACAAAAACUAAAAAUAAAAAAAAUAAAUUAAAUUUAUUGUAUAAAGAUACUUUUAACAAUUUACAAAAUUAAGAUGAAUAAUAGAAAUAAAACUUUGUACUUCAUCCAAAUCAAAAUAAUUAUCAUUAAUAAAAAAAUGCAAAAUUAAUUUAAAAUUUAAAGAAAUAGAAAGUUCAUAACUCUUAUUCAACUUUAGAAAAGAGAUAUAUGGAUCAAAAAGGAAACAUUCUUAUGUCUGUUGUGAUCGAAGACAUAUUAAAAUAUAAAAUAUGUGAAACUAAUAAAUUAGCGGACUUUAAACAAGAUAUUAAGAACACCGAUUCUAAAAUAUAUAGAGCAAUAAGAGCUUAGAUAGCUAGAUAUUUUUUAAAUUUAGAUUAAAGAUCAUUCAUGCUUUACAAAUAUAUAAAAUAAAUUUUCAUAAAAACUCAAUCUUGCUAAAAUGACUGGUUUAAAGCUAUAGUUGAUUUAUAGUUUUAUGAUUAUAAACAGGAUAAUUAAAAUAAUUAUCUUUAAAGAAAUAAGAAAACUUUCCCAUAAUUGAAACUAAAAUAUGGAGUAUUAUUAGAAAUUUUUUAAAUCUUUGAGUUGGUUCCUUAACAAUUUAAAGAACAAAUAGAUACUUUUGAUUAAUUUUUUUAGAUUUGCUAAGAUUAUAUAACUUAAAUCAAUAUAUAUCUUAUAAGAGAAGUUUUAUUUGCAGAUGCACUAGGAUUUUCUACUGAAGAACCUUCAAAGUUUAAAGUAGCAAUAGGAUAAUUGCUUCAUAUUGACCCAUAGAGUAUCAAAUAAAUCAUAGCAUUUAAGAAAAAGAAAAUAAGUAAAUGGAUAAGACCACUUUUAAAAUUUUUAAAUAUAGAAUACUCUUAACAUGGAAUUUAUAAAAAUAUGAGAUUACCUUCUUGGCUGAACUUAGAUUAAAAAAACGGAGUUAUUAUUUUAUAUGGAACACCUCAGCUAGAUGAUAUUGAUGAAUAGCUAAUAAGAAUUCAAGAUAACACAGGAUAUGUUAUGAAAUAGUUUUUAUUAAAAGUUAUUCAAAAUCCGAAUAAAAAAAAUAGUUAGAAUGAGAUUGAUAAGAUUUAUGAAGUUGCUGAUGAGAUCUAAUAUAAAAAUGAAUUCUCUUCUCUGUAAAAUAGAUAAUUAAAUGAUACAUAAAACUAUUAUUUAAAAAGAAAAAAUUCAUUUAUGAUGAGGUCAUUUAGAUAAAGUACCAUAAAAAAUAAUUAGCCAUUCAUGCUAUAACUCAGUUAAAUUUCUUAUCAUAAGCCUGAUAAAAGUUAUAUUUAUAAAUUUAAAAAUAAAAAUAACUCAAUCAAAAAUUAAGAAGAUGCAAAUUCUCAAUUAAUUUUUUUGAAUGAUGAUAGAAGCUUGUUAAACAAACCAAUAGAUAUAUAAACUUCUACUUUAAGUAUAGCUUAAGAAUUAUUUGUCUCCAAUCAAUGA